AACUCCACUAUAUUUCUUUCUCUGCAAUUACUCUUUGAGAGCAUCUCUCCCUAGAAUAUUGAGUAUUGCUAACUUGAGCGUUGGAGUGUUUUCCCUGAGGAAACAUCAUCGAGAAUUUCAGGUGUUGAAGUAGCCGAAGGAGUGCUCAAAGGGAACUAGAAAAUGGCUAGAACCUGCUACCAAGAUACAUUUAAGAAGGUUGAGCUCGCAGUAACAACUAAGACCUUUGGUGCAGAUGUUUCCAGACUAAUCCAGCUAGGUCAACAAACUAUGAGCAUAUUUGACAUAGAUCAUCAACUUGAGAAUGUGGAACAGAAAGCCGAGCUAGUAGAACCAGUUGAGAUAGUUCCUUUAAGCCUAGAUGAACCAGAUAAAACAAUGAAAAUAGGAACUGAACUCACACUGGAAGAAAAAACCAAGCUCUUGGAAUUUUUGAAAGUUAACAGGGACAUAUCUGCGUGGACAACAGAUGAAAUGCCUGGCAUACCAAUAGAAUUUGCAGUCCACAAGCUUAGUACAGAUCCCACCAGGAAGCCAGUGGUUCAAAAGCAUCGCCUUGUGGGCCCUGAGAAGCAAGCUAUGAAGCUAAACCUGUUGAAAUGUACAUUUGCUGUGGAAUCAGGCAAAUUCCUGGGAUAUGUGGUAUCCAAGAGGGGGAUCGAGGUGAACCCAGAGAAGGUUGAGGUCGUGCAGCAAAUGGAAUCCCCUAAAACAAUAAAGGAUGUACAACGUUUAACAGGUUGCCUUGCCACUCUACACAGGUUCAUUGCUAGGUUGGCAAAAAAAUGCCUCCCAUUCUUCAGAGCUUUGCGAGAGCCCAAGGACUUUCAGUGGACUGAUGAAUGUCAACAGGCUUUCGAGGAACUCAAGCAAUAACUAGAAUCACCACCUUUGCUCUCUAAGCCUAUUGAAGGAGAGACAUUGUACCUAUAUCUGAGGGUUGCAGAUGAGGCAGUCAGUUUAGUCCUCUUAAGAGAGUAAGAUAAACACUAGAAACCCAUCUGUUACACUAGUAAAGUCUUAUGGGAUGC